AAAGCCCAAUCCACUUUUUUGGGCAUAGGCCCAUCAUAUUCAUCCCUGCCGCUACCCGUUCCGUAUCAGAAACAAGUUUGAUUAGAGACGCACUGAAUCUAACUCACCGUGAAAAUCAAAACCUCGCCGGAAAACACAACCGGAGUAUUCGGCACCGCCAUAAACGGUGACAAAACUUCCAGGGGUUAUGGCAGGCAAAGCUGCUGGCUCAGCGGCUAAGGCGGUAGCAGAAUAUCAGUAUCCGUGGCGUGAGAAGUUAGCGAAAUACAAGGAUGAAUUGGCUAAGGGGGUGUGGGGAUACUGGGAGCUAGGGGCGUGGAAGCCGCUUAGUAUUAGUGCUCGGCAUAGGGCAAGACUUCGUAAAGAAGUACUUCUUGCUGGGGAAGAUUGGACUUUUGAUCCUGAAAGGAAGGAGAUGAAGACGAGGCGAAAAGGUCAUAAGGUUGAUAGGAUAGCAGCUGAGAAGAGGGCAAAUACUGCUAGGUUGAUGGAGAAGAUGCCAGAUAUGUUGCUUGAUUACAAGAAGAAAAAGUGGCAGAAGAAGAUGAAGGAAGAAGACAAAGGCAAAGUUUGAUCGGGUAUGCCUUUCUUUGUGCUUCAUGUAUUCCGUUAGUUUGGAAGGGUUUGUCACUAACUUUGUCAUGAUAAAAUGGAUUUACUCAUGCAAUGUUGCACUUGUUUAUUUUGGUUUUGUUAUAAUGAGUUUUUUGGCUUGAUGGAUGAUUAAUUUUUUGUUGUGUAUUUCACUCUAUCCAUAAUAACACCUUUCAAGAGUUUGGCUUUGUGAUUA